AUCCCGGCAGGGAAACAGUGAGAACCAUCUUUUAACGUAUUUUGGUAUCGAACGACUGACCUCCCUUUUCCUUUGAAGACGCUCUAUCCACUAGACCAAGGAGACGAGAUCCGACUAUAAUAUGAAACAAAACUACAGUAUCGCUGACAUGCAUAGGGAGUUAAGGCGGCCAAGAACUUCAUUCUAAAGUUGACAUCUCAAAACGCGAGCCACUUAAUGAUUGGACCAUAAACUAUAAUGUUCGUUGAAGACAGUAUCGUGUAAAUGUUUAUGGUAAAGGACUCAAGCUAAAACUCAAACUAUUACCUCUCAAUAGUAGACAGCACAACACGAACGGCCAAACAAACUUAAAAUCCCAAUUUGCUCAAGUCGUUGCUUUAUUCCCAUCUCUCUCCUAAAGUUAUAAUGACAGCAAUACAUCACACCACAAGCACCAGAUUCCAAUUUCGUUUAUUAAUCUUUAUGCUAGACGAAGGCGAACAAAGUAUAGAACCUUGUCGUAGUCCUAUCAUGAAUUGAUUCUCUGUAUUUGCGUGAGCAAUGCGCCGUAGAUAUCAAGCCGUUAUUGUGCUUAUCAUAUUGUCAGUGACGCAGAUUCAAUAGGUGGCAAUUCACAGACAUAUUCGACGUUCUGUAUAUACGUUAUUGGCAGGCUCAAGGGUGACCAUGUGACACGUCUGUCUCUUGCUUGCAACCGUCUCCUAGAGAAAGGAAUGUCGUUGUGUUAACUGCUGCCUUAAGCCUACCAUAGCAUUAGUGUCACGGGGUCUAUGAAAUAUUGUCUUUUUCUCACCCGUAUAAAGUCAGAGGUCCCCAAAGCUCUUGUGAGGUAUAUUUACAAAUAUGAGACAUUUCAUCAUUUAUGUUUUAUUUUGUUGGUUUUUAUGGUUGUUAAUCUAUAUAUGUUUGUCUUUGGCAGUGCUCACCAAGUCUUUGCAAACGUUUAUUGAAUGACUAUAGAUUAAGAUGACAAUGUGGUAUAUGCGAUUAAUGUUGUUCAUUAUCUUUGUGGAGUAGAGCAAGUAUGGAUCUAACGACACUUGGAGGAGAUUGCCACGGAGAUAGGAGCUACGAGAAGAGAAUACGACGGUUACCUGGAGCAUGGGUGUGAAAGGAAAAUACUUACGCUCUACUGACAACUGUGAUUGGUGCUUCUGGUUACCUAACGCUUUUGAUGAGCGUAAGGCAUGUUUACAAUGCGACUCUAUGGAGUGUGUCAUUGUGGGCGCUACUUGGAGUAAUGUACACAAGCAAAUAGACAUGGAAGAAACGAACAUGUUGUCACGGUUGGCAGAUAUGUAUAGAUUGAAGCACAGUCAACAGCAAGGCCUAGUGCGGAUCAAAAACGUUUGACGAUGGCUUUGAGAUUGGUCUAAAGUGGAUACAUAUAUACAUUAUUACAUUAUGAUUUCAUCGGAUCUUUCUCAAGGGUCAUUGCAGUGGAGAUUGGAUCUAAUAGCUAAUGUGUCAUUGUUUCUUACUUCACACUACAAAUAGAGUAAGUAUAUUCAAUUAUGAACAAAAUACAUUUCUUGCCAUUUCUCAAAACUAUGUUAUGAAAUGUCUCGUGAACAACCUUAAUCCUACGGAUAGUAUUGCCGCUUAAACGUAUUCCUUAUUACACUUGGAUCUUAUUGACAAUGUCUACCAACAAACCUACAGAGAAACCAAUAUGGAGAAGAAGGGCACCAGCUAUUCCGGUGAGGGAAAAUCGGAGGUCCAAAUACCUCAAACUGGCUGGUAUGCAUGGAGAUCACCUUCCGAAACUGCGGAAACAGGAUAGACCCGAGAUUUCCGAUGAAGCUCGACACUUUGACACCAUGAGCGAUACAGUGAUGAUGAAACACGUGAAUAUCAUGUACAAAGAGCACCAGCAUGUGAUGCAGAAGUUGGUCAAAGGCCAGGACGUGGUGUAUAAGAUGAUGUGCCGCGUCCAGCAGGAGAAGAGGAAGAUACAGAGAGCUGAGUGUGCGAGGAGACAGGAGGAGAUAAGGGAGAAGAUGAAGUCGGAGAGGGUGAGGACUCUGAUGAAGAGAGCUGUUGCAAAAUUUAGAGAAAAUGUUCAAAGGAAGAAAAAGGAAAGAGCUCUGGCUGAAAAACGGAAGCAAGAAGAGAAAAAGGCAAAACGUGAUCGAAAGCUAGCGAGGAAAGGCUCUGUUGCUGAGAGUGGUGGCAAUGUGGCACCAGUUGCAACUAAAUCAGAUCCACGUGGACAUGUGAAGGUGCAGGAGAAGGAGCAGGAAACGGCGCAGGAGACAGUGCAGGAAACGGUGCGGGAUACGGAGCAGGAGUCAAUGAAGACACAGAACAUUCGAGAGAAUCCUUCUGCGGAAAGGAGGGGUAGUCUGACUCGUGAGGAGGAGCCUUCAAAAUAUCAAAAUGUCAAUGAUACCAUUAUUGAUGAUGAUUUGGAUCAAGUAAUGGGUCCAGUUAGAAAAUCGCGAGUUUUGGAAGUGAGCAAAACACCAUCGGCGCCAGUAACAAGGACAAAGGGUGAUGAAGACGACGAGGACAACCUUCGUGAGCCUCUAGUGACAACCACAUACCCAGAUCGUCAAGACAACGAAACAGGUGGAACAGAAGAUAAAACAGAAGAGAAUGACUCACACUCACCUAAAGGUGCUGCUGCUGAUUGUGAUGAAAUGGAAGAAAGUGACAGAAUAGACAAUUAUCUUUCAACAGAGACAGACAACUCUGACAGAAGGCCUUCAUUGUUUGGCGAGGAAAAUCAUGACCCAGACCUUGGAUGGUUUACAUAUGGUAAUCCCCAUGUUCCUCUCCCUUCUAAUUAUAUUAAUAUAAGUGAUGACGUUUUACAGGAAAUCGUGCCUGAUUAUCUGGGAUCAGAUACAGAUAAAGCAAGUCUGCCACCACUAAGGAUAAGAAGAGCUCCAUUAGCCCCACCACCGUCAUCCUAUCUCAAAGAACAACUACGAUUGUCUGAAAGUAAAGAACAUGCUACCACUGAUUCAGGGGUGGUAUCCUUCCAAGGAGAUUCAACGGAUUGGAACCUUAAUUUACGCGAAAUGGUUGCAACCAUGUCAAGGGAAAGUAACAUAUCUUCUAUUAAAUCAAUUGACUCUUGUUCCAGUCCUCGUGAGGCUGCAAGUACAGAACGUGGGCCUUCAAAGCAAAGUGAUCGUUCAAACAUCUCCAGGGCAACCUCCAGUGAUAAGAAAGCUCAUCCUUCAACAAAGUUUGAUGUGGACGCUGAUGAACCAGUGCCUGAUAGUUUCAGUUUUGAAGUACCAUUGGGUAUCAUCCCAGAUACAAGGGCCCUUCUGCCAGUGAAACAAAGAAGGAAGAAACCACAUGCGAAUGCUGAUAAGAAUCUAUCAGCAAAUAUGAUGUGGGUUUUAAAACAAGAGGAGAAAUCACGUCGUCAGUGGCAGAAACGAAUGACAGAGGAUGAUAAAGUGAUACAGUAUUACAAAACUGCAGAUGGGCGUUACAUUGCCACUGUGAUGGACAGAAGAAAAGAAUUCCUUGCCCCGAGCUUUAAGGAGUAUCAUCGACAGCAAAAACUGCUAGUUGGCGAGAGGGUGAAGUCCGAUGAUCACAGAGAGAGGAUGACGGAUUUAAUGGAUUAUAUGGCAUUACAUUACGGUAUGGCCAAUCUUCCAGUGGCAGCACCAACCCCGUCUCCGGAACCCAAGAAACGACAACAACCCGUUGAACCUCUUCCGUCCUUCAGUUACGGGAGUGUGUUUGACGAGUACAGGCAGAGGGACCUGAUGGUUGACGCGGAGCCAGGCUCAUAUGAAGCGAUGAAAGGGGUUGCCUAUUUGAGAAUAAAUGACGAGAAGUAUAAACCAGUGAAUUCUACGUCUCGGCGCCGAGAGAGAAAAGUAACGACGUGGAACCAGCAAUACUGAGAACUGUUCCCCAUUAUUAAAGUAGCAUAGUGUUGGAUGAAGUGAAUGCGCGCGUGCUUAUGUGCAUGUGUGUGUAAGUUUACCAUAUGACUGAAGGAUUUAUUAUCUUAUUUUAUAUACUUUUUAGGGGUUUUUAAGAUGCUUCCUAUGUUAGAUUUGUCUGAUUGUUUUUGUUUUAUUUCAUUUUUCCAAGAACAAUAACAAUACAUUUAGAAUAUGUAAAUGUUUUUUAAUAGUACAUGCAUGUCUAUUUAUUUUUAAAUGUUUGGAAACUACAAGCAUAUUGCAUGGACAUCACAUGUAGGUGAUUGAAAUUUCUCUUGCACCGGUGAUCGCCAGAUGUUUCACUUGGAAUAUAAGGCGUUUUAAUUUAUUUUUUUGUUAUCACGAGUGUGACAUUAUCUCGAACAUGAGAUCAUUAAGUACAUUUUUGUUUUCAGUUUUAGCUUAUGCAUUCUGCAGAAGUUCCUUAAUUAAUCAUAAAUGUGUUUCAUUCAGAUACAUUGUGGACAUCAAUGCCUUUUCAACACAAGCAGCUUCUACAGUUAAUGUAUUAAUGGGAAAAACAUAACUUCAUGUUCGUGCAUUAUUCAAAAGUUGUAACACCAAUUUUACCUAGUUUUGCUGAAGAAGUUUUCCAUGAACUCAAAUGUAUACUUACAGUGAAACACAUUUCAAGUAAUCUGUUAGCACAAAGGUAACAAUUUGCUUCACAGAUCAUGAAACGCAAGAGGGGUUUGUUUUACCCUGUCAUAGCUCCAUAUGUCUGAGAGCGACAUCAAAUAACCGAGGAUCACCUUUGAUGUGAACGGAGUAUAAGGAGCGACAGUCUAUUAAUGAAAUAAAUGCCACAUGUGUUACUGUUAACAUAAAGCUGUAAUACAGUCGCCUUUUUUUCGCAUCCCCUUAAGUCAAACAGGAGAAACAAGACAUGACGAAAUUUAUGAUAAACAGGUUAUAUCUUCUGCAACACACUCCAGAGUUCGGUGGAAAAUAUCUGUUUUAUCAUUCACUAUAUUUCACGUGAUGUUCAGUCACAAUUGUGUAAUGUAUAGAGAACAGAACACCGUGAUACACAUCACGAUGUCAAUAAAAUAAAUUCAUUGAUACUAUUGAUUUAGCGUAUGUAUCACGUGUACCCGUGUUUGACAUGCGUUGUUUAUUGUGUCCAUGAAACACAUUUCGCUAUACAAACCAUAAUAACCUGAAACAUAAGAGGGUUGUAUGGUUUUGUUCCACAUUCAUCUCUGUCGUUUAACACGAUUUAUAUAGUGCGUUUGUCUUUGUUUGACAUUAAUAUAAGCUGAUAUGCCUUGAUGUAACUGAAAUAAGUGUUCAUUUCGACGUGAAACACAACACUCUCCCUAAAUAUUUACAAACCGCCCGGAUACUCGAUAUACUAUAGUCGCAUAUGCAUUGG